AUGGCGGCGAAAAAGGCUGUGGAUCAGCCUUUGAAGUCUCCAGGUCCUGAGGUCACCAGGCCAGCCAGCACCGGCCCUGUUAACAUUUCGAAAGGGUCCGGUCGCUACUCUUCUAGCGGCGCGAGCUCUGGUGGAGCUGGGGGUUAUAACCCCACUGUGGUAGGGGCGAAAGAUACCGUUGGAGAUAUCUACUACAAGACAUAUACUGAAGAAGAGCGCGGUGAUGCCCUCCAUCAAGCCCCCUGGAGUUUAAAACAGAAGGAUACAUUUGCUGAGUUUAGCGCUUCGCGUGAAUGGUUUUUGAAUUCCUUCCCCCCUGGUGAGGUUAAUCGGCAAAGGGCAAAAACCCAUGAGAUGUUAUAUCGCACUUAUAUUCUUGGGGAAGCCAAUGCCCGCUCUGCCAACCAUCAGAUCGUUCGCGAAUGGCGGACGAUGGUCAGAGAGCGUGCCGAUUGGGAGGGUUACCGCGAGCGUACUCUGAAGCGAAUUGCGGAGUUUGAGAAGUCGAAAGUUGCGCUCGACGAAGAAAGAGCCAAGUUUGAGAAGAUCGUUGGUCUUGAGGCUACAGUUGCGGACUUGACCUCAAAAGUGGAGGAAGCGCAGGGUGAAAAAACUGCCAAGCAGCAGAUGGAGGUUGAACUGACUGAAGCCAAGGUGCAAUUGUCUAACCAGGACAAGGAUCUCCAUGCCAAGGACGUUGAGAUAGCGGAACUCAAGCGUCGCUUGAAUGAGCAAAUCGACAGAUGCGAGUCUUUGGAGAUUGACCUUGAGGCUGAGAAGGUCAAGGCUGCUGAUGCUGAGGAGGCGCGUGCUGUGAGCACUGCCGCGCUGAAUGUGGCUCAAACCAACUACUCUGAGGCUCAAGGUAUCGUCGAUACACUUGUCUCAGAAGCGGAGUGGAUGCGCACUCGUGGAGUAGUGAUGGUUGCCAACUCCAUCCUGAAUGCGAACGAGCUAGAUCGCGCUGUGGCGGCUCUGACAGAUGCGGCGCGUGCGGUGGGUCACCGAGGAGGUUACCUGGAGUGUGCUGAUCAUGUUGAGCAAAUGCUUGGGCAAGAAUUUGACACAAGCCACUGCUCAGUAACAGAUCGUGCCGAUGCUGCGCUGGCAAGUGCUGAAAAUUCCUAUGACAACCUCUCCUUGCCUAUCAUGGAGUUGGUUGUUGAAUCGUUAAAGAAAGACGACUGGUGCCAGCGUCUUAAGGCAAUCCUCGACCCACCGGUCACCGUCGAGUUGUCCGACGAAGAGCCAGCUGGUGAUGAUGGCGGUGAUGGUGAUGAUGAUGGCAACGAUGAUGAUGGUGAAGACGACGGAGAUGAUGGUGAUGAUCGUCGCGAAGAGUAGGAGA